UGUGCAGCAGCCGGGCCGGGGCGCGGGGCGCGCUGCGGGGCCGCUCUCCCUGCCCCGGGCCGGCCGCAGGAUGCCACGCAGGCAGCGGCCGGAGGGCGCCCGGGGCUGAGCUCCCCCCGCCGGGCCGGGCCGGGCCGGGCCGGGCAGGGCAGGGCAGGGCCGGGCCGGGGGCUGCACCGCCCCCCUCCCCUCGGGCGGCCGGGGAUCGCGGUGAGGAUGCACAAGCUCCGGAAGCUUUUCCGCGGCAGCGGGCGAGCGCUGGCCUUCGUCUUCGUGGCCUCAGUCGUGUGGCUGCUGUUUGACAUGGCAGCGCUCCGGCUCUCCUUCGGCGACGCCGCCGGGCAGCGGGCGCUGGCGGCGGCGGGACGGGGGCAGCGGGAGCGGGGCCGGCUCUGGAGGGGCUCCCCGGGGCCGCCGGGCGGUGGGCGGCGGGACCCCGGCCCCCCCCUGGCGGCGGCGCCGCGGGGGCCGGGCGGGGGCAGAGCCGCGGAGAGCGCGACGGCGGCGGCGGCGGAGGGGAGCCCGGCGGGGGGCGCAGCCCGGCGGGCGGCGAGCGGCACGGGGGGGCCCCCCCCGGGCAGCCCGCAGCCCUCCGCUGCUCAGGGCCGGGCGGGGGGCUCCCUCCGGCCGGCUGCGCCCCGACGGGUCGGGUGGUCCCCGGCUGCGGCGGCCGCGCGGAGCGACGUGGCACCGGCGGCGAGCGGACCCCCGGCACGGGCAGCGAGGACGGCAGCGGGCGCCGUCGCAAGCACGGCCCGGCCGCCCGGGGCACCGCCAGCCACGGCAAGCGCCGGGGGACCGAGGGACAGGGCCCUGAGCCCGGACCUGCCGGCGCCUGAGCCCGCGGAGCAAGCCGGGGCCGGGGCGGCGGUGCCGGAGGGAGCCGCGCACGGCGCACACGGGAGCCCGGCCCCCCCCGGCAGCCCUGCACACCGAGCCUCACAGGCACCGUGGCACCGCGGAGCCCGAGCGGGAGAGGCAGCAGCAUCCCCUGAGAAAUACUUCGUCCUCAUCGGCAAGGCGGGGGCAAAACCCAGCAGCAGCGCAGCAGCCCCCAGCCCCGGGUCCGACGCCGUGCCAAACUUGUGGCGGAGCCCCGAAGCACGCGGAGCGCAGCAGCUCGCAGCCACGAGGCUCAGCAUCAACCUCACCGCCAGCACCACCCGCAGCGCCGCAGCACCGCGCUCCCCUGGGGCAGCAGGUGCGGGGCCGGCAGGAGAUGCCGGGGGGGCAGCCGAGCAGGGCAGGCAGGGGGUGGCGGGCAGCAGCAGCCGCGCAGCCCGGCCGGGGGGCAGCCCCGGGACACACAGGGUCUUGGCCGUGGAUGCUACGCUGGCCCCCAGAGACCCCCAGGCUCCCGGGCAGUUUGGGCAUCCUGUGGCAGUCCCUGAGGACAAGCAAGAAGAAGCAAAAAGCAGGUGGAAAGAAGGCAACUUUAACGUCUACCUCAGCGACCUGAUCCCCGUAGACCGAGCCGUGGCGGACACCAGGCCUGCCGGGUGCUCGGAGCAGCGGGUCCAUGACGACCUGCCGACCACCACCAUCAUCAUGUGCUUCGUGGACGAGGUGUGGUCCACCCUCCUGCGCUCCGUCCACAGCGUCCUGAGCCGCUCGCCUCCCCACCUGGUCGAGGAGAUCAUUCUGGUGGACGACUUCAGCACGAAAGAGUACCUCAAGGAGAAGCUCGACGCAUACAUGUCACGGUUCCCAAAAGUGAAGAUCCUGCAUCUCAAAGAGAGGCACGGUCUGAUACGGGCCAGGCUGGCGGGGGCGCAGGUUGCCAAAGGCGACGUCCUGACGUUCCUGGACUCGCACGUGGAGUGCAAUGUGGGGUGGCUGGAGCCGCUGCUGGAGAGGGUCCGCCUGAGCCGCACCAAGGUGGCCUGCCCCGUUAUCGAGGUCAUCAGCGACAAGGACAUGAGCUACAUGACCGUGGAUAACUUUCAACGUGGGAUUUUUACUUGGCCGAUGAAUUUUGGAUGGAGGCAGAUUCCACAAGAGGUCAUUGAGAAAAACAAAAUCAAGGAAACCGAUAUAAUAAGGUGCCCGGUGAUGGCGGGUGGCCUGUUUUCCAUCGACAAGAAGUAUUUCUUCGAGCUGGGGACAUACGACUCAGGACUGGAUGUUUGGGGAGGUGAAAAUAUGGAGAUUUCAUUCAAGGUCUGGAUGUGCGGAGGAGAGAUUGAGAUUAUUCCGUGCUCCAGAGUUGGGCAUAUUUUCAGGAAUGACAACCCUUACUCCUUCCCGAAAGAUCGGAUAAGAACGGUGGAGAGGAACUUGGCCCGUGUCGCAGAGGUCUGGCUGGACGAGUACAAGGAGCUGUUCUACGGCCACGCGUACCACCUGGUCCUGAGACGCCUGGACGUGGGCGACCUGACCCAGCAAAUCGCGCUGCGAAAGAAGCUUCAGUGCCGAAGUUUCAGGUGGUACCUGGAGAACGUCUACCCCGACCUGGAGGCUCCCCUGGUGAAAGCCAGCGGGCUGCUUGUUAACAUAGCCACAGCAAGAUGCAUCACUGUGGAAAACACCACUCUAGCUUUUCAGACGUGUGAUGUUAACAACGAGGACCAGAAAUUCAACUACACCUGGCUGCGGCUGCUCCGGCACGGAGACCUGUGCAUCGCCCCGGCAGGCACCACGGGAGCGCUGGAGCUGCGGCUGUGCACGGGCUGGGAGAGCAGCCUGGCCUGGCAGCACAGCAGCCUGGCAGCAGCCCGGCCAGAGCUGGCAGAGCACCUCGUUGCAGAGCACCUCCAGCCGCCCGCCUGUCUGGAAGUGGAUCCGUCUCUCCAGGCCCUGAGGGUGAGCGCCUGCAACUCCGCAAAUCCUUAUCAGAAGUGGCAGUUUGGCAAUUACUAUGCAGACUGAAGGGAACACAAUCGAACCAGAAGCAGCGUGCUUUCAUCUUGUGAAUUCAGCAAUGGCAUCUGCGGGACUUGUGACAGCAAUUACAGAACUGGAAGUUCAUUUCCAAAUGGUAAUUGAAAUCCGUAAUUUAAACCGGCAUAUUGAGAGAUCAAAAUACCAAGAGUAGCACAUCUGGUUUAACGACGUUUGAAAUGUGGGUUUCCUUCAACUGUGAAACACUUUGGCAAAAACUCAAAUAAUUUUUCUGUGUUAUUAAAUGGAAACAUUUUCUGAAGCCCCCGCCCCCCUCCUACUCUAAGCACACGUUCAGUAGUUACCUCCAGACAACAAUAUAAGCUAACAGAAAUAAUUCCAGGGCUCUCUAGUCUGUAAACAGUAAAUUGGGCCAUUUGUUUUUCAACGGCCUGGGGAAAUGGAAGCUUAUUGAGCAAUGCAUUACAAAAAUCCAUCUGACAUACCCAUGCUGGGCCUGAUGGCAGGAUCCUGCCCAGCACGACCUGUUGCCUGACAGUUAAGCAUCAGAGUUGGCUUAGGAAUUGAUUGUGCAUCGAAAAAGCCUGUUCUUGAUAACAGGAGGCAAGCGUGGGUCGAUGGCCAGCUGGGGCAGUGCCCCCCGCCCGCAGCCCUGCGUGGUGAGGGUGCAGGCGGCCCCACGAGACCUGGGGCAGGCUGCAGCCCCCAGCAGGAUGCUUUGUAACCCACUCCACUUUGUAACCCAGCUGUGAUCAGGAUGGACAAGCACCCACGGCAGCCCGCGGGCACUUCUCCUGGCACACAGGUGGCUGUGAGGGCACGCAGGCCUCACACAGGGAGCGCGGCACUGGGGACAUUGCCCCUCAUCGGCCCUCGUGCGGCUGGGCCAGGCCGUCAGGCCCCGCACACCACGAGUCCCUCUAAACGUGGUGUCGCAGGCAGCUUUUGUUCUUACUGUGAAACUUGCAUCUCCAAAAGCUGUCCCCGGUUUUUGAAAGUCUGGAUUAGAGAGGAGAGCAAACUCAGAUGUGACAAGACAUGAGCCCUGAGAUAGGUGACGCUGCAGCGCCACAGAAAGGACAUGGCCAGCCCCGUGUCACACAGCUCCCAGGGGCUCGCCACGAGGAGCUGCCACCCGUACACAGCGGUGUCACCAACAGGAAGGUGGUGCUGUGUCCCUGGGUACCACACGGGCUUCUCCAAAGACGGGCCUUCUGCUUUGCACCUCGGGAUCUACAGGACUGAGCACUGCCCUGGCUCUGACACCGCUGCUCACGAUGGCCGAGCCUUCGCCGUGCAGCAUUUGCAGGCUGAUACAAAGCAACUCACAUCUCUCCUUUGAUUUUUCAAGUGGCACCAGCAUAAUGCUACCUCUCACGUCAAGGAUCAAUGCUGACAGCACUUGACAGGCUGUGUCUGCCAAAAUAUUGACUGGCCUAACAGAUUUUCACAAUUGGCUCCUGUUCCAAAUGUCUUCCUGAUUUUAUCUCCCUCCUUUGGUGCUGCUCGCCUGCAGUCACUAUCAGAAAAAUUACACAGAUGUUGUUUGUGCAGUCAUGUUUUAUCAGGAGCAUGAAUUUCAUUAAAUGCUGUUUGCUGACAUUCAAUCAUUUGUCACUGAAUAGGCAGCGAGUGUUCUCAUGUCAUGGUCACAUCACAUCUCCAGGCUUGUCACUUGCACUUUUAUCCCCUGUUGUGUAAAUGCUCACUUCCACGCUGGUAUCUUUUACUUACAGACCUGAGCAUGCCUUCGGGGACCGCUGGCCAUGAACUUGGCUGCGCUGUUACACAACACCCAGAAACACCCAGAUCUCCCCAUCAGCCGGGUUUGCAGGAAGGAGAGCAUUUUUCUGGCACGCUCACAGGCACAUGGGGCACGUUCCUGCCCAUCCCCUAACCUAGCACUGUGAAAAUGGGGAGGAAUUGUUUUCAGAACAACUCUGGGCCUGCAGUUACAGCAUCCCAGAGCUGGUCACCCUACUCACCAUCCCCACGCUGUUUUCUGUGCAAAAUUUCCCCACGUGGAGCAGGGGCGUUUCCAGGCUCUGUGUCCCCCUGGGUGCCCUGUAGCAUGCUCUCCCCCCGGCUGCUCACAGCUCCUGCUCCAGCUUGCUGCAGACGUGCUUUGGGCAGAAGCAGCCCCUGCUCUGUGCUGUGCCCUGGGGUGGUGUGGGUGGCAGCACCCAUGGGAGAGUAUUCAGCUCAGUACUGCUCACUCGCUGCUGUGUGCCCCUUGAUUUCCAUUUUCCAGCUCCCCUGAGGGUUUGGCAGGAGGUCUGUCUGUAGAAGAGGCCCUUACAGCAUCCCCAGAGUUUACAUUUUACUUUUCCAGCCACCAAGCCAAGCAGGAGAGCACGGCCCUGACAGCACGGGGAGUGCUGUGCUGGCUGCCUCCAGGAGCAUAAGCCAAUGUUGCAGACCAGCAGGGACAGACGGUAACUCAAGGGAUGUCUGCCUUUUGUGCUACAGCUGCCCCAUCUCCCACCUGAACCCCACCUGCAGACAUCUGCAUGCACCUCCCCGUGCCGUACUCAUCCAGGCACCAGCCUUACCCUCAGGUUUUUGUUUUGCCUGGGGUCUUUGCCAUUUUCUUCCCCAUUACACUCUGUAACUGCAGCUGAGCACAUCUGCAACUGGCCCGUUGUCGCGGCGAGCACAGCUGGCCUCACUGCGAGGCGCGCUGCGUGCCGGGAGGUGACCGUCGGCAGGUCACGGGGAGCUGUCUCCCAGACAGCCCAGUAACUAUCUAAUCGUUAGGAGAAAUGUGCCGUCAUCCUUACAGGAAUCGCUGAGGGCAGAAGUGGGUGGGGGUGCGGGGCAGCUGUCAGAGAGCAGGCGAACAAACUGGCAGUAUAAGUUUAUACAAGCAAACCUCUGAAUUUUUGCGAGCCAAAGAGCAAAUAAACAAUUCUGAAUAGUACAAUGAGGACUGUGUUUUGUUUGUACAAUACAGAAUUGCCAUUUAUUAGUUUGACGUUGCCAAUAAAUAAUUGCCUUUAUGUGGAACAAACAAAAAAA